CAACCUAGUUUAUCUUUGGAAAACCAUCGUGGUGCGGUGACUCUUCACCACCCCCCCGCCAAAACUCGAGAGAAGAAAAGACAAGAAAGAGAAACGGAAAAACGAUUCCCAUCUACGGCCCUCCUUGUCGUCAGUGUAUCUCCAUACGCACGCAAUCACGCACGCAAGACUACAUACAUACAAUCCUUCAACCAUCUCUCUUUCUCCCCUCCCCCACCAAACUCAACCUCAACCUCAACAUCAACAACCACAUCAUCACCACCAACCUCAACCCCAACAAUCCUCCAAAACAAAACCAUACACGCUCACAGCAAUGCACACCCCCCCAACCCCCCACCUCUCAACCUCCCACCCCUACCCCUGGCCCCACGACUCCUCCCUGCACCCAAGCACAACCGCCCUCCUAAUCCUCGACAUGCAACGCGACACCCUCACAUCCCGCCCCCGCUACCGCGACAUCAUCCCCCCCAUCGUCUCCCUCCUCUCCACCUUCCGCCGCGCAGGCUUCCCCGUGUUCCACGCCCGGCGCGGCCACGCGCGGCACCUGUCCACCGUCUCGGCGAGGGACUAUCAUCGCUCGAAAGCUACGACUCCUGCGGAGGAGGAAGGAAGAGGAGCAGGAAAUUGGGGGAGGUGGAUGGUGCGAGGCCAGCGCGGGCACGACAUCGUGUCUGAGCUGUGUCCGCUGCCGAACGAGCCUGUGGUCGAUAGGGCGGGCGUGGGCGCGUUCGGCGGGGCGUCGGAGCUGGAGGGCGGGUUGAGGGGGUGGGGGGUGAGGAAUCUGGUGGUUUGCGGGGUUUCGGUCGAGGGGGCGGUGAACAGUACGGUUAGGGAGGCGAGUGAGAGGGGGUUUGAUUGUUUGGUUGUAGAGGAUGCGGUCGAGGGGGCGAGCGAUGAGUUGCGGUGGUGGGGAUUGGAGGCCAUCAGGGCGGAGGGGGGAGUGUUUGGCGUCACCGCCGAGUGCUGCGAGGUCAUUGCUGCAGUGGAGACGUGGACGAAUGCUUGAGAUUUGUUGACCGUGACUGUGACUGGUGGAUUAGCUGUUUAGUUAACUGAUUGACUUGGAAAAGAGAAGUGGGACGACUUGAUGAUUCACGAAACGUUCACGACAUCACGCAACGACAACGAAUAAUGAUAGGCGAAAGACGGGCACCAGGUGUUGAUCCGUUGAAAGGGGAUAUAUUGACCAUUGCUAUAGAAUAGUCAGAGAAGUGUGAGGACCGGUCUCUGUACAAGCCGGCCGCCACCUUCGUUGUAAAUCAUUGCAUCAUUUCCCACCCAUAGCUGCAUAGCAUGCCCGUAAAACGCCAUUAACCUUGCCAUAUACCGAGGCCAUGUUCGAAGAGAAGGCCGUCAACA